AUGGCUCUAAUCCUGAUCCUGGCGGCCCUCUUUUGGGGUGGGGCCACGGCUCAGUCAAACUCAAACUGCAACAAUGUGCUCGCCACCAUGGCGCCUUGCCUCAACUACCUGAUGGCAAACUCAUCCACUCCUUCAACUUCUUGCUGCUCUAAGCUCGGUGCCGUCGUAAAAUCUUCCCCGGAUUGCCUUUGCGCUGCUCUCAACGGUAGUAUUCCUUCAAUGGGGAUCAAUAUUAAUCGAACUAUUGCUCUGACUCUUCCUGGUGCCUGUCAAGUUCAAACUCCUUCAUUUAAUAAUUGUAAACAAGCCAUUGCACCUGCAGCUUCACCUACAGAUUCUCCAACAACGAUAAGCCCUUCUUCAGAUUCUCCAACAACGAUUAGCCCUUCAGGCUCUUCAAAUACAAUUACGCCACCAGCCUCAGGAUCGGGGUCUAAAUCAACAACACAAGAUUCAUCUGAUGGAGGCAUCAGAAGAGUACCUAUUCAUUUUGUUCUCUUCCUUCUCUUCAUCGCAUCUAUGAUCGCCAAAUUCUGAGUCUUCUGCUAAGACUUUUUAGCCUGUUGUUGUACUAGUGAACAAAUACCAUUUAUUCUUUUUCCAGUUUUUGCUUGAGGAUGAUUCUGAAUUACAGAAGUGUGGUUUUUGUAUUAUUAUCUGGGUUGUUUAAUAAACGAUGAAUGAGUAUUGGCUUCUC